AUGCAUUCCAAAACCUCUCUUGUCGGGCUUAGCACCCUGGCCUAUCUCCAUGCCGCAAACGCCGCAGCGAUGAGUUUGGCCAGUAACCUUACGAUCCCCGUUCAAUUUGCCGUCGCAAGCUACAGACAGGUUGAUAGCUAUACCAGCAUCAAUUUUUUCUCAUCCUUCAACUUCUUCACUGGAAGUGACCCGACGCAUGGGUUCGUGGACUAUCAAUCCCAAUCCAACGCCCAAAACAGGGGACUUAUCAACACCAACAAUGGCCAAAUCUACCUAGGGGUCGACCACACCACCACCAACCCUUCUCCCGGGCGCGCCUCUGUCCGAUUAACCAGCAAUAAAGCCUAUAACCAUGGUCUCUUUAUCGCGGACAUCGCCCAUAUGCCCGGUAGUAUCUGUGGCGUAUGGCCAGCUUUCUGGCUCUUCGGUCCCAACUGGCCCAACAGUGGCGAGAUCGACGUCCUCGAGGGUGUCAAUCUAGCGGGCACAAACAGCAUAACCCUUCACACAUCGGCGGGAUGCACGAUCAACAUUGGCGGUUCGCAAGGUGGUACCAAUCUGAACGACGCGAAUUGCAACUCCAAUAACGGAUAUAACGGCUGUGGCGUUACCACAACGGUACCCAAUGCCUACGGCGACGGUUUUAACAACAACGGAGGUGGAGUAUACGCUAUGCAGUGGGAGUCCUCGGGUAUCUACGUUUGGUUCUUCCCUCGGAAUAAUAUUCCCGCUGAUAUCAGGAGCGGCAAUCCUGUCACGGGUAACUGGGGCUUGCCCAUUGUGGCUUUCAACGGGGGCAGUGGCUGUAACAUUGACCAGCACUUUAUGAAUCAAAAUAUUGUGUUUGACACCACUUUCUGUGGUGAUUGGGCAGGGGGCGUUUGGGGCGGUACUUGUGCCAGCAGGGCCAGCUCGUGUAACAACUAUGUUGCACAAAAUCCGGGAGUGUUUGCGCCGGCCUAUUGGACGAUCAAUUCGGUCAAGGUGUACCAGUUGUGA